AUGAGCCUCCAGCAUGAGUUUGAGACCCUGCCUGAGGGUGAGAACCCAGGUGCUGAGGCCAUGGCAUCUGCCACCAUCAGCAGCAGCUCUGUCACUGGUGUCCUCUUCGUCCUUAUCCUCUUGGCUGCUCUCCUCUAUGUUCUCCAGAGGAGGAGAUCGCGGCCACAGCAGUCUGCCGAGGACACCUACUUCUCCACCCCUCGGCACCCCACAGACCAUCUGAAGCCCCUCAAGACCUACGUUGACCCACACACCUAUGAAGACCCCAACCAAGCCAUGCUCAAGUUCACCACAGAGAUCCCUCCAUCCUCCAUCACCUGCCAGAAGGUCAUUGGCGCCGGUGAAUUUGGAGACAUCUACAAAGGCAUCCUGAAGCGUGGCAAGAAGGAGGUGCCGGUGGCCAUCAAGACCUUAAAGAUGGGCUACACAGAGAAGCAACAGAUGGACUUCUUGCGCGAAGCCGCCAUCAUGAGCCAGUUCUGCCACCACAACAUCAUCCGCCUGGAAGGAGUUGUCUCCAAGUGCAAACCCUGCAUGAUUACCAUGCAGUACAUGAAGAACAGCGCGUUGGAUAAAUUCCUGUGGAAAAAAGAGGGGGAAUUUGGUGUCAUCCAGCUGGUGGGGAUGUUGAGGGGCAUUGCUGCCAGCAUGAAGUACUUGGCCAACAUGAAUUAUGUCCAUUGGGACCUGUCUGCCCAGAACAUCUUGGUCAACAGCAACCUGGUGUGCGAAGUGUCCAAUUUUGGGCUCUCAAGGAUGUUGGAAGAUGACCCUGAAGCCACCUACACCACCAGCAGAGGUGCCAUCGAGGGCAGGAAGAUCUCCAUCUGCUGGACGGCCCCCAGAGCCAUCUCCUACCACAUCAUCUCCGCCAGCAACGUCUGGAGCUACGGCAUCGUCACAUGGGAGGUGAUGUCCUACGGUGGGUGCCUGUAUUGGGACCUCUCCAACCACGAGGUGAUGAAGGCCAUCAGUGAGGGCUUCCACCUCCCUGCCCCGCUGUACUGCCCCUCUGCCAUCUACCAGCGGAUGACGCAGUGCUGGCAGCAGGACCGUGCCAGGCACCCCAAGUUCCCCGAUGUCAUUAGCAGCCUCGAAAAGCUCAUCCGCGCCCCCGAGAUGAUGUGUGCCCUGGCCAACUUUGACCCGCG